UAGUAUGAAGCAUUCACACGAGUAAAUAUGGUAAUGAAAAAUUGAAGUUACCUAAUAGUAAUUUUAUAAUUUUUAGGGACUUGAAAUGGCUCGUCGGGUGAGAGGGAAAAUUUCGUUUCAAACGGAUUGGAAAGUAGAAUUCCCUUGGGUUGAAGACAUCAAGGAUGAUCGUCACUCUGCUAGGUGUGCAGUCUGUGGGACUACUUUUUCCAUUACUUCCAUGGGAAGAACAGCUAUUACAAGCCAUGCCAGUGGAAACAAGCAUAAGAAAAAUGUGAGUAGUGUAGAUAAGACAGCGCCAAUUCAAAUUUGGGCUACUACAUCUGCCCCUGAAACAUCUAAAGCAUCUGAACCUUCACCUUUACCAUCUUCAUCUGUAAUUCAACCUUCGUCAGCUGCUGUUAUUCUUGGUGCGAGUAUGAAUCUACCUGCUGAAGAUUCGUUAAUCCCGAAAUCUGCUUCUACAACCCGCUGUUUGGAUAAUUUUCUUCUUAAAGACGAUGUGACUCGUGCCGAAGCUUUGUGGUGUCUUGAAACGGUGAUGAAUCAUAACUCCUUACGCAGCGCUGCUAGUAGCGUAAACAUGUUCAAGCGAAUGUUUCCCAACAAUCGUGUUGCAAACAAUAUGAAACUUCAAAAAGAUAAAAUUUCAUAUGUCAUAGUUUAUGGACUUGCUCCUUAUUUUUAUGAUAAGUUGAAAAGUGUUUUGAAAGAGUGUGAACAUUUCGUGUUGGGUUUUGAUGAGAGUGUGAACAAAAUUGCACAGAAACAACAGAUGGACUUGUCUGUCAGAAUUUGGGACUCAAAUGUAAAUAAAGUUAUGUGUAGGUAUGUAACAUCCAUCUUUUUGAAUCACGCUACAGCUGAAGAUCUCUUACAAGCCAUGAAAACUGGCUUGGAAGGAUUUGACAUGAUGAAGAUUAUCCAAUUAUCAAUGGAUGGUCCUAACGUAAAUUUCAAAGUACUUAGGCUUUUACAGCAAGACAGUAGAUCUGACCCAGAAUCCCCACAGUUACUAGAUAUUGGUUCUUGUGGUUUACACACAGUGCACAAUGCCUUUAAGACAGGCAUCAAGAAAUCUGGUUGGGAGAUAAUUGAGUUUCUUAGAGCCCUUUACAAUUUGUUUAAAGAGGCUCCAAGUCGACGAGGAGACUAUACAGAGGCUUCAAACUCACACGUGUUUCCUUUGAGGGUUUGCUCAAUUCGUUGGAUUGAAAAUGGCAAAGUAGCGAGGAGAGCAAUGGAAAUAUUGCCACUUGUUGAAAAAUAUGUCAACAUAGUCAAAACCACAGCAAAGGAACCAUCUUGUAAUAGCUUUUCUGUUGUAUGUAAAGCCCUGCAAGACAAACUCCUGCAAGCGAAAAUAGCUUUCUUUGAGGCACUGGCAAGUGACGUUGAACCAUUUUUGGUAGAAUUCCAGUCUGAUUCUCCAAUGGCACCAUUUCUUUUCGAUAGUUUGACAUUUAUUGUAAUGACUGCUAUGAAAAGAAUUGUGAAAACCGAGAUUAUUGAGAAAACUCCUCUUCACAAAAUUGAUGUUUUCAAACAGAAUGCAGAUAAGACUUUUGUAAAUCUCAAGGAUGUGAAACAUGUUGAGCUUGGUUACAGUACCCGUGCAGCACUAAGGAAGUGUAAGAAUGCCUCUGAGAAAGAUAUUUUAAUUUUCAGAAAAGAGUGUCGGAAUGUCCUGCAAUUUUUUGUGAGUAACCUGUUGCUGAAGUCUCCUCUGAAGUAUUCUCUUACCAAGGCUCUUACUUUUUUGAACCCUUAUCAUAUUUCUUCCAAAGAUAGUUGUGUAAAACAACUUACUACUGCUCUUGACCACCUCCUUACGGCCAAUCUUCUGCCAGCUAGCACUGUUGAAAGGGCUGAUAGAGAGUACAGGUUUCUUUGCUCGCAAUCAAAUGUCAUUGAAGAAAUGAAAACCUACUCUAAGUCUGAAACUCGCUUGGAUACCUUCUGGGUGCAGCUUAUAGAAGGAAAGAAGGAAUAUGAGAACCUCUUUAAAGUAGUCAAACUACUUUUAAUUUUGUCUCACGGCAGUGCUAACAUCGAACGAGGAUUUUCAGUGAACAAAGAAAUUUUAGUCGAAAAUCUGAAAGAACCAUCACUCAUAGCCCAGCGUCGUAUUUUUGAUUUUGUUAGUAAUGAGCCGGGUGGACUGAUGAAGCUAGACAUUCCUAAAGCCAUGAUUCAUGCAGUGAGGAAUGCUUAUUCCAUGUACAGUGAGGCACUUGCAGAGCAGCAGUGUGCAAAUAAGAAAAUUUUCAAGCUAGCGGAAGAAAGAAAACGUGCAGCUACUGAGAUCAAACAGCUUGAGGCGAAGAAACUCAUGUUGCUUGAGGAUGUACAGCGUGCAGUAUCUGCCAUCGAUGAGAAGGUGAAAGAUCUUAAAAAAUAGUAUAGGGCUGUGUAUUGCAUGACACUAUACAGUUAAACUUCUCACAGUUUUGUACUAGUGUGACUAUGGACCAAACAAGCUGCAAGACAAUUACUAUCGAACCAGGACAAAUGAAAAAUUCCAAUGUUUUAAUAAUGAAUUUGAAGUUCCAACAUUUCCAGUGAGAAGGUAGGCCUGCAUAUGUCUUUGAUGUUUAUAGCAUCUUUAGAUGAUCAUUUUGUUAAAAUGCUUUUUCUCAUUACAUACAGUAGUAAUUUAGUAAUUUAUUGCAUUUGUUCAAUUUUGCAUGUACUAUCAUGAUUUUGGGGUAAAAUUUUAUCGCGUAUGAUUUACAUGUAUUCUUUUCAUUUUUGACAUGUACAGGAAUGUACAGGAAUUUAAUGUUCCUUAUGUUACGCAGGAUGACAUUUUCCGAAAAUUAGAUCCCAUGGGUGGUUAAAACCAGGCAACAGUGGGUACUUUGUCUGCAUGCGAACAGGAUUUUGCAUUGUUCAUGCCUUCUGCGUCUUCAUGUCAACGGGCAUCGCGCGGCAGCAGCGUACCCACAAGGAGGGGCAUGUAUAAUGAGCGGCGCAAGAGUGAUCUGCCUGUAGACUGCAGUAACGAAGUACGGGUAAAUCAGUUGUACGUUGCUUGCACGAGUCGGGAAACCAUCGGUGCUAUUCAUUUUCUCUCCGGUACAUUAUACAGCAUUGUAAUAAAUUUUCACUGAAUUUUUUUUAAAUUUACCAUUACUGUAAAUGUGAGAUGUGGCUUAAUUUUUUUUCCUUUAGUAUAGCCGUGCGAAGCCGGGUCGGGCAGCUAGUUAUGUAUAUUUAUUAAGUUAUUUGAAUAGAAAUCAUAGCGCUACAGCGUUACAGAUGUUUCUUUCAAUGUUAUAUAGUAUGUCCACCAUUAUGUGCGUGUAAUAAGGUGGCAGCAUAGAAUUUUCCAAGUUAGUUCACUGCAGGUCAGUUCCACAGAAUGGUAUGCUCUAUGCAUAAGAGGAAAAACCAUUUAUUGCAAUCCACAGCGGUAUGAUAGAGUAUUAGCAAACAGUGAACUCUUUGGAUAGAAUAUUUUUGUUUAUAUAAAUAAUAAAUAAUAAUAGGUAAGUAUCCUUGGUAAAGUACUGUAUGGUAUAUACAAACAGCAAAACCAGAAACAAGAUGGUGCAAGGAUUCUGAGACAUAAUACUAGCAGACACAAAAACAUUAGAAUGUUUUGUAGUAAAAAUACAAAAAAAACACCAUUAUAAAAGUAUAAAAAUUAGAAAAACAUUUUUUUUUAGAAACCUUAUCACAUUAUAUGUUAAUUUAAUUAUUUAAGGAAAACUAUUUAAAAAAUUACAUUAAUCAACACCCUUGCCCCCUGAAAUUUACUAAAUUUAA